AUGACCAGAGACCGCUACCUCAAAUUAUUACAGAUGUUACACUUCACCCAUACGGUCGAUCCUACGAACGAUCGUUUACACAAAAUACGGAACGUCAUUGAUAUAUUACGAACAAAAUUUAGUCAAGCAUUUCAACCUUAUGAACGUCUGUGCAUUGACGAAAGCUUGCUUUUAUAUAAAGGAAGGCUGUCUUUUAAACAGUACAUCCCGUCCAAAAGAAAUAGGUUCGGUGUAAAAUCCUUUAUUCUCAGCGAUUGUCAGACAGGAUUUGUACUAGAUUUACUUGUUUAUGCUGGAUCAUCUACAAUGGUACAUAGUGAAAAUCAGGAUAUUGGAAUAUCUGGCGCAAUAGUUGAAACACUCAUGAAACCGUAUCUUGGAAUGGGCCAUACACUUUAUGUGGACAAUUGGUAUUCAAGUCCUGCUUUAUUCAAUUUUCUACAUAAUAAUUGCACGAAUGCGUGCGGAACGGUUAGAAAACGGAGGAAGGGAAUGCCGAAAAUUGACGAACGGUUAAAAAGAGGAGAGGCAACAUUUCGAUCAUGCACUAAUUUAUUAGUCACAAAGUGGAUGGAUAAAAAAGAAGUAUAUAUGCUGUCUACCAUGCAUACGUCAGAAUUUGGAACAAUAAUCAAGCACGGAGGAAAGAAAGUUUUACUAAAACCUGUAUGCGUAUUGGAUUAUAAUAACUCUAUGGGCGCAGUAGAUAAAGCAGACAUGGUCAUCAGCACGGUAAAUUCCACACGCAAAACCUUAAAAUGGUACCGCAAAUUUUUCUUCCACUUGUUGGACAUUUGCGUGUGGAAUGCCUAUUGCCUUUACAAAGACAAAAUGAAAGAACCGAUAUCCAUGGCAAAAUUCCAAUUACAGUUAAUCAGGGAAAUACUGGGAAAAUAUCACCAAGCUACAAAGCGUCAACAUUUAACAGGCAAUAAUCAUCCGGGAAGAUUAACGGAAAGACAUUUUCCUUCCGUUUACAAAUCGGCAGGGAAAAAUCGAAGUAGACGGUGCGUCGUUUGCAGUGCAAACGACAAAAGACAUGAAUCUAAGUAUGAGUGCAAAGACUGUAAUGUGGACUCACAAUAUGCACAGUUUGCGGAGAAGCUCUCCGUUCAGUGGCGCUACUCCGACGGCGCGGUGCCCCGUUUGGUGGCGUUAUUCCAGCGGAGCGGAAUGCCGUAA